CCUGCUAUGUACUUUCAUUUUCCAUAAUCAUGCUAAACACUAGCCUUCAUAAUCCAAAUGUGUGAGACAAGCCCAGUGUGGACAGGUUCAUCUCCAUGAAUCGAGGAAUCAAUGAUGGAGGCAACCUGCCAGAUGAUCUCCUCCGAAAUCUUUAUAAGAGCAUAAAGAAUGAGCCAUUCAAGAUUCCUGAAGACAAUGGGAACAAUGCCUUCUUCAACCCUGACAGAGAGGGUUGGCUCUUCAAAAUGGGAGGAGGACGGGUGAAAACAUGGAAAAGGAGGUGGUUCAUCCUGAUGGAUAACUGCCUUUACUACUUUAAACAUACUACGGAUAAGAAACCCAGGGUGAUCAUUCCGCUGGAGAAUCUGAGCAUCCGUGAGGUGAAGGAUCUCAGGAAGCCUAACUGCUUUGAACUGUACAUCCCUAACAACAGCAGACAGCUGAUGAAAGCCUGCAAAACGGAGGCGGACGGCCGCCUGGUAGAGGGCAAUCAUGUGGUGUACCGCAUCUCGGCGCCAACCCCUGAGGAGAAGGACAAGUGGAUACAGAGCAUCACUGCUGCUGUGAGCGCUGACCCUUUUUAUGAGAUGCUGGCAGCAAGAAAAACAUGGAUCUCUUAA